AUGGUGGCGCUGCCGGGCCUUGGGAGCGGCUUGCAGCCCUGGUGCCCGUUGGAUCUCAGCCCCGAAUGGGUGGACACAGUAUGGGAACUGGAUUUCACAGAGACUGAGCCUUUGGAUCCCAGCAUAGAAGCAGAAAUCCUAGAGACUGGAUUGAAUGCCUUCACAAAACUAUAUGAAAGUGUUUUCCCCUUUGCUACUGAAGAUCAUGGAUCUACAGAGAGCAUUUGGACCUUCUUCAUUGAGAAUAGUAUUUCUCACAGGGCACUGGUGGCAUUGUUUUAUCACUUUGUUCAAACAGUCCAUAAGAAAAGUGUCAGUGUGCAGUAUCGACAAUAUGGCCUUCAUGCUGCUGGGCUUUAUUUUCUGCUGCUGGAAGUACCGGGCAGUGUAGCCAAUCAAGUGUUCCACCAAGUGAUGUUUGACAAAUGUAUUCUGAUUCUAAAGAAGAGCUGGCCUCAGGAAUCUAACUUGAAUCGGAAAAGAAAGAAAGAGCAGCUUAAGAACUCUGAGGCGAAUCCGAGAGGGAAUAGGAAAAGAGGAAAGCCACCCAGGAAAGAAGAUACUGAGGUAGAUGAAAUAGAAGAACAGGAAGAUGAAGAAAUUACUUGUUUUUCUGCCCGAGAUCUUUGUCAAAUUCGAAAUGCUAUCUUUCACCUUUUGAAGAAUUUUUUAAGGCUGCUGUCCAAAUUUUCCCUGAAAGAAAAGCCACAGUGUAUACAGAAUUGUAUAGAAGUCUUUGUUGCAUUAACUAAUUUUGAACCAGUUCUUCAUGAAUUUCAUGUGACACAGACCAGAAACCUUAACCAAGCAAAAUAUGUACCAGAACUGGCCUAUCAUGGAUUGUAUUUGCUCUGCUCCUCCAUUCAUGGAGAAGGAGAUAAGGUUAUAGGUUGUGUUUUCCAUCAAAUGCUAAAUGUGAUAUUAAUGUUAGAAGCAGGUGAAGGAGCCCAUCGUGCUCCCCUUAGUAUUACAACAUCAGUCAUCAACGGUAGAAACCAGGCGGUCCAGUUCAUCAGCUCACUUGUGGAUGAACUAAAGGAAAAUAUAUUCCCAGUCCUUCGUAUCUUACUCCAGCACAUCUGUGCCAAGGUAACUGAUAAAUCAGAGUAUCGGACCUAUGCAGCCCAGUCCCUGGUCCAGCUACUCAGCAAACUUCCCAGCAGGGAAUAUGCUACAUUCAUCGCCUGGCUUUACAGAUAUUCACGAAGUUCCAAGAUCCCACACAGGGUUUUUACUCUAGAUGUUGUCUUAGCUCUCUUGGAACUGCCUGAAAGAGCAGUAGAUAACACUCUCUCGUUGGAGCAUCAGAAGAUCUUAAAGCAUAAGUUCUUGGUGCAGGAAAUUAUAUUUGACCGUUGUGUAGACAAGGCACCGACUGUCCGCAGCAAGGCACUGUCCAGUUUUGCACAUUGCCUGGAGGUAUCUGUUACCACUGCAUCGGAGAGCAUACUAGAACUUCUGAUUAACAGUCCUGCAAUUUCAAGAAUAGACAGCCAUCCUGGUACCUUACCGAGAAAUUCAUCAGCUUUUUCCUAUCAGAAGCAAACACUUAACCCUUCUGGAGGCUCAGGGGUGAUCAAUAUUGACAGCAGUGGUGAAACAGAUGGAUCUGGGGUGAGAUGUGUCAUGGCAAUGCUGAAAAAGAGAAUCAGGGAUGAGAAGACCAACGUUAGGAAGUCUGCACUGCAGGUAUUAGUGAGUAUUUUGAAACACUGCGACGACAUCUCAGGUAUGAAAGAAGAGCUAUCACUUCUGCAGGACCAAUGUCGGGACCCUGCAGUAUCUGUCCGAAAGCAGGCCUUACAGUCUCUUACUGAACUUCUUAUGGCCCAACCUGGAUGUGUCCAGAUACAGAAAGCCUGGCUGACAGGGAUCAUCCCAGCUGUGAUGGACUCUGAGAGCACAGUGCAGGAAAAGGCUCUGGAAUGCCUUGACCAGCUCCUGUUACAGAACAUUAAGCAUUACAAUAAAUUCCACACUGGAGACAAUAGCCAGGUACUGGCUUGGGCACUUCUUACUCUCCUUAGUACAGAAAACCAGGAACUAAGCCGCUAUUUAAAUAAGGCCUUUCAUAUCUGGUCCAAGAAGGAGAAAUUCUCAUCCAGUUUUAUAAACAAUGUGAUAUCCUACACUGGCACAGAACAUUCUGCACCAGCCUGGAUGCUGCUCUCCAAGAUUGCUUGCUCAUCCCCCAAGCUGGACUACACCAAAAUAAUAGAGUCCUGGGACAAAAUCAGCAGUCAACAGAAUCCCAAUUCAAACACCUUAGGACAUAUUCUGUGUGUUAUUGGGCAUAUUGCAAAGCAUCUUCCUCAGAGCACCCGGGACAAGGUGACUGAUGUGGUCAAGUGUAAGCUGAAUGGAUUCCAGUGGUCUCUAGAGUUGAUCAGCUCAGCUGUUGAUACUUUGCAAAGACUCUGUAGAGCAUCUGCAGAGACACCUGUGGAAGAACAGGAAUUACUGAAGCAGGUGUGUGGGGAUGUCCUCUCCACCUGUGUGCAGUCCCUCUCCAACAUAGUUCUAAAGCAAAAUGGACCUGGGAGUAUGGAUGAAGACCUGUUUGUGAAGUACAUUUUUACCUUAGGAGAUAUAGCCCAGCUUUGUCCAGCCAGAGUGGAGAAGCGAGCAUUCCUUCUGAUUCAGUCCAUUCUAGCUUCUUCUGUUGAUGCGGAUCAUCCAACAUCAUCUCAAGGUCACAGUGAAGCUCCAGCCUUUGAGCCACUCUCCCAAGUCCGGGGCUGUGUCAUGCCUUCCAUGAUUAGAGCACACGCCAUCAUUACUUUGGGCAAGCUGUGCUUACAGCAUGAGGACCUUGCAAAGAAGAGCAUCCCGGCCCUUGUGCGAGAGCUGGAAGUGUGUGAUGAUGUGGCUGUUCGCAACAAUGUUGUCAUCGUCAUGUGUGAUCUUUGUAUCCGGUAUACGGUCAUGGUGGACAAGUACAUUCCCAAUAUCUCCAUGUGUCUGAAGGAUUCAAAUCCAUUCAUCCGAAAGCAAACACUCAUCUUGCUUACCAAUCUCUUGCAGGAAGAAUUUGUGAAAUGGAAGGGCUCUCUGUUCUUUCGAUUUGUCAGCACUCUGAUAGAUUCACACCCAGACAUCGCCAGUUUCGGGGAGUUUUGCCUGGCUCACCUGUUACUGAAGAGGAACCCUGUCAUGUUCUUCCAGCACUUCAUUGAGUGUAUCUUCCACUUCAAUAACUACGAGAAGCAUGAGAAGUAUAACAAGUUCCCCCAGUCCGAGAGAGAGAAACGGCUGUUUUCACUGAAGGGAAAGACAAACAAGCAGAAACGAAUGAAAAUCUACAAAUUUCUUCUGGAGCACUUCACAGAUGAACAACGAUUCAAUAUCACUUCCAAAAUCUGUCUUAGUAUUUUGGCAUCCUUUGCUGAUGGCAUCCUGCCCCUAGACAUGGAAGCCAGUGAAUUGCUUUCAGAUACAUUUGAGGUCCUCAGCUCAAAGGAGAUCAAGCUUUUGGCCAUGAGAUCUAAAGCAGAUAAGGACCUCCUUAUGGAAGAAGAUGACACGGCCUUGGCCAGUGCGGUCAUGCAGGAAGCUCAGAAGCGGCUCAUCUCGCAAGUUCAGAAGAAGAAUUUCAUAGAAAAUAUUAUUCCAAUUAUCAUCUCCCUGAAGACCUUGCUAGAGAAAAAUAAGAUCCCAGCUCUGCGGGAACUCAUGACCUAUCUCAGGGAGGUGAUGCAGGAUUACCGCGACGAAAUCAAGGAUUGCUUUGCGCUAGACCGGCAGCUGGCAUCAGAACUCGAGUACGACAUCAAGAAGUACGUCGAGCAGCGAGCCCAGGAGCAGGGCCGAGCGAGGCAGGCAGACGUGAGUGCGGCGGCUUGCAGGGCCAGGGGGACACAGACAGCACAAGUUGCUCCGAGUUUAGAAGUAAUGCCAGCUCUUGGUGGCCGGGAAGGUGCCACUGUGCCCGCUGCUGCGAGCCAGCCCUCAACACCCAGGGCACUUGCUGGCCAAGCACCACCUCUGUCCCCUGCCCUGGAGACUGGGCUAUUGAAGAGGUUCAUGCCCAAAGGCAGGCCCAUGUCCCUGAGCACCAUUGCGAUCCUGAAUUCUGUCAAGAAAGCUGUGGAGUCCAGUAGCAGGCACCGGAGUCGGAGCACAGGAGUCUUGCCAUUCCCGUUAAGCUCUCAGAGCCUGGACAAAAUGCGCCAUCGUGCAACCUCCUACAGCUUGGAGCAGGAGUCCAGUGGAGCUGUGGACCACGUAACUAAACGAGCGAUCAGUACUCCUGAGAGGACCAUCAAUGAUGUCACAUUUGGAGCAGGAGUCAGCUACAUAGGCACCCCACGGACACCUUCAACCAAAGAGAAAAUUGAAGCCCAGUGUCAAGGAAAUGACAUUUUAUGUUUAUCGCUUCCUGAUAAACCGCCUCCACAGCCUCAGCAGUGGAAUGUGAAGUCCCCAGCCAGAAAUAAAGAUAACCCAGCCCCCAGCAGGAGGUCACUCCGAAAGACCCCCCUGAAAACAGCCAACUGA